ACAGAGGCAACAAAAACAACAGCCGCUGCCGUCGACGUUGCCGUGUGGUGGUUAGAGCAGACCAGACUGAGAGCCCUGAGCGCUGCUGCAGCGCCGCAAUCACGUCAAUUAAUGGUCAACUAGUAAUUGAAAAAAGUAAGAAAAGCGCUUAGCAGAAAAUCAAAGGGACAAGCCAUGAACUUUCCGCUGGCCAACUCCAACAAGGAUACGCUGCGAGCGGCGUGCAAAAAAUGCGGCUACGCUGGUCACCUGACCUAUCAAUGCCGCAAUUUUCUCAAGGUGGAUCCAAACAAAGAGAUAUUGCUGGAUGUGGAGAGCACAAGUUCCGAUUCGGAGCUUGAUUAUUUGACGCCGCUAACCGAGCUGCGCGCUCAGGAGCUGAAAAGCGGCGGCAGCGGCGUCGACGUCGCAGCUGCGACAACGACGACAACAACAACAACAACAGCAAGCAAAGAGAGUAAGACAGAUAAGAACAACAAAGCAAGCAAGAAGAGUAACAACGAUAGAUCAGCAACAACAGCGGAUAGGAAACAAACAAAAACGGAGCGACACAAGAAGCGUAAGAAAAAGAGCAAGAAGCACAAGAAGAGCAGCUCGAAGGACAUCAACAAACUGGCGACAACAACAAGCAAACGCAUUGCAAAGAAACACAAAAACAAAAAAAAGAAGAGCAGCAGCAGCAACAACAAUCACAAGAGCAGCAGCAGCAGCAAGAAAUCAAAACGUCGCCGCACAAGUAGCUCCUCCUCUUCCUCCUCCGACGACGAUGACGAUGAUGACGACGACGACAGCAGCUCGUCAUCGUCAACAACUGCCUCAUCAACUGCCUCAUCAUCGUCAUCCUCAUCAUCUGACAGCGAUUCAUCGUCGGAUGAUGAUUCAAGCAGCGAUUCCAGCGACAAUGAAGAGUCGAGCACCAGCGAAUCGGAUGAAUAUGGACGCAAAAAGAAGCGUUUGGGCAAAUACAAGCGCAAAGCGGAAGCCGCUGCUCCGCGUCGCAAGAAGCCAAAGGCGAAGCGUCGACGUCAUCGUGUCAGCGGUGGCGGCGCCUCAAAUGCCGCAUCCGCCUCCAAAGCGGGGGGAGCAGCAGGCACCAGCAGUUACCUCAGCAGCCUCAGCGAUAGCAGCACCUACUAAAGCUACACUUUUGGACUCCCAAACUCUUUAGGCUAGUGUUUAUUAGACGAAACGAUAAUUCACAAACAUCAGCAGCAGCAGCAGCGAGCACUUCCUUUUGCAUCUCCCGACAUCCAAGAUCCUUAUCCAAACCCUCUGCUCUGCUCGUGUCUCUUCCGCAUCCAAAGUAGCAAAGAGUUCUAUGCAACAAACAACAUCAACAACCACAACAACAACAACUCGACAUUAGACUUCUCUUAGUGUUUUAAGAUAAAACUCCUGUUUUAUGAUUUUUGCA